UCUAGUUUUAGGAUUGUGAUGUUGGGGAAAAAUGAUGACAAAAAGACCAAACUUCGUAACUUGAUCAUUGGAGCGAAUAAAUUUCAUCAACAAAGGUUUUUUCAAACCAAACACAGUGAGGUCUACAGUGGAGAGUGGAACAGAAAACCAGUAACAGUGGUAAAAACUCCUGACAUGUUCAGUCUGACUGCAGAGAAAAUCCAAAAAGAAAUGAAGACUCUGUGUGUGAGUCUCUGUUAUCCUGGACCAAAUGUUCUGCUGCUGCUGGUGAAAAAUUCAGACUUCAGUGAAAACAACAGAGAAACUCUGAAUUUCAUCCUGAGUUUGUUUUAUGGAGAUGCCUUCAGACACUCAAUGAUCAUUUUAACAAACGACAGUGAAAACAGUUCCUCUGUCAGUGACCUGAUCAGGCUGGUUCAGGGAAGAUGCUACAACAUUAAUGCUAAUGACCGCAGUUUGUUAAUGGUGCAGAUUGAGACGAUCAUAGAUCAGAACAAAGGAACAUAUCUGACCUUCAGAGAAGAAACCAGCAGAUCCCAACAUGAACAGAUGAAACCUCUGAACCUGGUUCUGUUUGGGAGGAGAGGAGCAGGGAAGACGGCAGUAGCCAAGGUCAUUCUAGGUCAGAGAGAGCUUCAGUCAGUCUCCAUGAUUUCAGAGUGUGUUAGAAAGCAGGGAGAGGUGUUUGGACGUGGGGUUUCUCUGGUGGAGCUGCCUGCGCUGUAUGGAAAAGCUGAGCAGGAAGUGAUGGAGGAAUCCUUCAGGUGUGUCUCCCUCUGUGAUCCUGAGGGUGUCCACGCCUUCAUCCUGGUCCUACCUGUGGGUCCCCUCACUGAUGAAGACAAGGGAGAGUUACACACCAUCCAGGACACAUUCAGCUCUAGAGUCAACAACUUCACCAUCAUCCUCUUCACUACAGAGUUGGAUCCUGAACAUCCAGAUGUUGAUAAGUUUAUAAAGGAGAACAAGAACAUCCAGGAUCUCCUCCAGAUCUGUGGAGGAAGAUAUUUUGUUCUGAACAUCAGAGACAGACGGCAGAUCAAAGAACUGAUGGAGACGCUGCAGAAAAAUGUUUCUGACAGAGAGAAAGAUUCAUCUUAUACAGUUAAAAUGUUUGCAUGGGGCCAAAUUAAGAAGAUUUCACAGCUACAAGUAGAACUUAAGGAGUUCAAGACCAGUCUUACAGACACUAAAGAGACGAAGAACCCAGAUUGUCUCCAGAUCGUUCUGAUCGGGAAAACUGGCUGUGGGAAGAGCUCAUCAGGAAACACCAUUCUGGGCAGAAAACAAGAGUUCAAAUCCAGUUUAUUUCAAGACGCAGUGACUAAAAACUGUCAGAAAGCCCUUGGUGAGGUGGACGGUCGUCCUGUUGCUGUGGUCGACACUCCUGGUCUGUUUGACAGCAGUUUGUCAAAUGAAGAAGUCAGUGAAGAACUGGUGAAAUGUAUGAGUCUCUUGGCUCCUGGUCCUCAUGUUUUCCUGCUGGUUUUACAGAUGGGUAGAUUCACACCAGAGGAGAAAGAGACAUUAAAACAUAUCAAGGAAGUUUUUGGAAAAGAUUCUGAAAAAUUCACCAUCAUCCUUUUUACUGGAGGAGACAGACUGGAACGUGAUGAAACAACAGUUAGUGAAUUUAUUGCAUGUUGUAAUGAUUCCUGUAGGAAGCUGAUCUCUGACUGUGGAGGAAGAUUCCAUGUGAUCAAUAACUAUGAUCAGAACCGAUCUCAGGUCAGAGAUCUGAUCAGAAAGAUUGAUCACAUGGUGAAAGAAAAUGGAGGAAGUUUCUACACCAACAAGAUGCUGCAGUCGGCCGAAGCUGCUAUAAGGAAAGAAAUGAACAGAAUCCUGAAGGAAAAAGAAGAGAUGGAGAGAAUGAAGGAGGAGAUGGAAAGAAAACAUGAAAAAGAAAAAGAAGAAAUGGAAAAAAGAAUGGAGGAAGGAAGAGCAGAAAUUGAAAGAGAGAGAAAAGAAAAAGCUGAACAACUAAAAGAAAUGGAAGAAAGAAUCAGCAAGGAACAAGAGGAAAGAAAGAGAGAACAGGAAAGAAGAGAACAAGAAGAGAAGAAAAGAAAGGAGGAAGAAGAACGACAACAAGAAGAGUGGGAGAGAAAACAAAAAAUAUUAGAGGAAAAAAUCAGAUUAGAGUCAGAAGAAAAGGAGAAAAUAAACAGAAAACUGGAUCAGAACCGAAAAGAGAUGGAAGAAGAACGAGAAACCCGAGAGAAGGAAAGAAAAGAGUGUAAGAUGUUUAAGGGCAAGAAGGACGAAGAGAAAAAAGGACAGUAA